AUAAAUUCUCCCGCACGAGAGAGCGGGCUUUCUUGACACGUGCUUUGCUGGGAGAGCGUCUGCUUCUCCGCGUCCUUCUCGCGGCCCUGCGGUCGGUGGUUUCCGCGUGGCCCGGAGCGAGGCCAGGCGGCCCCCGCUCGAGUCCCGCGUCGCCAUGGCCGCGGUUCCCGAGUUGCUGCAGCAGGAGGAGGACCGCAGCAAGCUGAGAUCUGUAUCUGUGGACCUGAAUGUUGAUCCCUCGCUUCAGAUUGACAUACCUGAUGCACUCAGUGAGAGAGAUAAGGUCAAAUUUACAGUGCACACCAAGACAACGCUGCCCACGUUUCAGAGCCCAGAGUUUUCUGUUACAAGGCAACAUGAAGACUUUGUGUGGCUACAUGAUACUCUUAUUGAAACCGCAGACUAUGCUGGGCUUAUUAUUCCGCCUGCUCCUACAAAGCCUGACUUCGAUGGCCCUCGAGAAAAGAUGCAGAAACUGGGAGAGGGUGAAGGGUCUAUGACCAAAGAAGAAUUUGCUAAGAUGAAGCAAGAGCUGGAAGCUGAGUAUCUUGCAGUCUUUAAGAAGACUGUGUCCUCUCAUGAAGUCUUUCUGCAGCGGCUCUCCUCUCACCCUGUUCUCAGUAAAGAUCGCAACUUCCAUGUGUUCCUGGAAUAUGAUCAGGAUCUAAGUGUCAGGCGGAAAAAUACCAAAGAGAUGUUUGGUGGCUUUUUCAAAAGUGUGGUGAAAAGUGCUGAUGAAGUCCUUUUUUCUGGAGUUAAAGAGGUAGAUGACUUCUUUGAGCAAGAAAAGAAUUUCCUCAUUAACUAUUAUAAUAGGAUCAAGGAUUCAUGUGCAAAAGCUGACAAAAUGACCCGAUCUCAUAAAAGUAAAUACCAUUUACCCACUAGCCACCUUAGCUUUGCUCAGUGUGCCAGCUUUGUUCAUAUAAAAAGAGCUGCCCUUAUUUCUGCAGAUGUUGCAGAUGACUAUAUCCACACUGCAGCCUGCCUGCAUAGCCUGGCUUUAGAGGAGCCCACGGUCAUCAAAAAGUACCUUUUGAAGGUUGCUGAGCUAUUUGAAAAACUUAGGAAAGUAGAGAGUCGAGUCUCCUCAGAUGAAGAUUUAAAACUGACGGAACUUCUCCGAUACUACAUGCUCAACAUAGAGGCUGCUAAGGAUCUCUUAUACAGACGCACCAAAGCCCUCACCGACUAUGAGAACUCAAAUAAAGCAUUGGAUAAGGCCAGGUUGAAAAGCAAAGAUGUCAAGUUGGCUGAGGCACACCAGCAAGAAUGCUGCCAGAAAUUUGAACAGCUCUCUGAAUCUGCAAAAGAAGAACUAAUCAACUUCAAACGAAAGAGAGUGGCAGCAUUUAGAAAGAAUCUAAUUGAAAUGUCUGAACUGGAAAUAAAGCAUGCCAGGAACAAUGUCUCCCUCCUGCAGAGCUGCAUUGACUUGUUUAAGAACAACUGAUCUGCCUUUUCUCUGAAUGAAGGACACAAAUGUGAAAGAAAGCCAGCGUCACUUGCACUUAAAUCAUUACCACAGAAGAUUUAUUACCUUUGACUUUAGUUUAAAAUUAUGUGAAUAAAUAUUUUGAUUUCUAAAAAUCUUAA